UGAUCUUCAUCUUCUCGGGAUUCUUGAACGCAGAGCACGUACCCGAACGAUGCCUACUAUAAUGAUGACCACGAUGCCGGCGGUUACGCAGCAAAAACAAUGCUGCUCGCUGCAUACUGAUUUCCUGUCCAGACAAACUGGACUGUGUAAGCUUGCGGAAAUUAUUUUUGGUGGGAUAUGCGUCGGACUCAUGAUUACUUUUGGCACGCCAGUCUGGAUGACUUUAGGCAUUGCUUAUCCUAUUUUUCUAGUCAAUGCUUCUGCUUCGCUGAUAUCUACAUCAGUUAGUCUCUUCUGCUAUAUUACGUCUGAAUACACCUACAGAGCUGUCAGGACAACCGUUCUGGAAGUCUAUCAGAAUGCAGUGGCAGCCAUUUUGUAUGCAGUGGGUUCUUCAUUUCUAAUUAUGCAAACUUCAUUCUUUUUAUGGCCUAUGUACAUCAUUAUUCCAUACUUUCAAGCUUAUCCAGCACUCAUGACUGCAGGAGUGUUUGGGUGCCUAUGUUCUUUUAUACAUGCAGUAGAUAGCUAUUGUGCCUACAAGACAUUCCGCAGUGUUCGUUAAAGAGAUAGCAGUCCGUUAGACGGAAAAUUGAAGAAAAAAUUCUUAUAAUUUUUCCAAAACAUUUUCCGCAAUGUUUAGCUAAUUAUUUAUGAGAAAAUGUUUUGCUUGUUUGAACGUGUUUUGUAGAACAAUGUCUGAUUAUGUAAUAUGUAUUUAAUACACUAAACAAAGAAUGCACUGUAAAAAAAUUCCGGAUCAAAUUACGGUAAAAGGUUGUGGUACAAUGAGUGCAGCAUCUGUAAAAUACAUUUUACCGCAAAAUCUAUUUUUACCGUAAUAUUUUAUAUCGUAAUUUUUACAAUAAUAUU